CACAUUUUUAACCAGGUGGUGUCUUGGAGCCGUCACACACUCGUCUGCUUCUGAUCCAGUGCCUCAGCGGACUCUGUGUUGGUGAAGAUGGGACAUCUCACUCUUGCGGCUUUCACAGCAGUGCUGUGCUGCCUUUUCCUGGAAACUGAAGCAAAUCCAUUUGUGUACAACUAUGAGGGUCUAAGAAUUGGAGGCCUCGUCAUUGUCGGCCUGUUGAUAGCUGGAGCAGUCGUCUUGUUAACCUAUAACCAGUGUGCCAGGUUAGCCAGAGGGAAACAAAGUGAUGACAGUGGGAUCUGAUGCCCC